AUGGACGCCGUCCGCUCCGCCCUCCAACCGGUAACCCACAACCUCCCGGCGCCGAUCCGAGACCUGGGCGUUUCCAUCAUCGGCGAGCACUGCUACAAGUCCCUUCUUCUGGACAUCAACGUCGAGGAUGUCGACUGCAUCAAGCUCGGCCUCUCCAAGGGCGUUGGCCUUGGAAUCGUCGGCGUGUCGAGCAUCGUCAAGCUCCCGCAGAUCCGCAAGCUCACGGCCUCACAGUCGGGCGACGGCAUCUCAGUGCUCUCGUACCUCCUUGAGACGGCUUCCUACAUCGUGUCGCUGGCCUACAAUUACCGCAACCAAUUCCCCUUCAGCACCUAUGGCGAGACGGCGCUCAUUAUGGGCCAGAAUGUCAUCAUUACCGUCCUGGUCCUUAACUACACCCGCCGUGCCGGCCUGGCCGCCGUCUUCGUGACGGCCUUGGCCGCCGCCGUCGCCUCGCUUUUCACCGGCAGCCUAGUGGACAUGCAGACCCUGGGAUACCUUCAGGCCGGCGCCGGUGUGUUGAGCGUCGCGAGCAAGGUCCCGCAGAUCCUGGCCAUCUGGCAGGAGGGCGGCACCGGACAGCUGAGCGCUUUCGCCGUCUUCAACUACCUCGCAGGCUCCCUCUCCCGCAUCUUCACGACCCUCCAGGAGGUCGACGACAAGCUCAUCCUGUACAACUUCAUCGCUGGCUUCCUCCUCAACGCCGUUCUCGCGUCGCAGAUGGCGUACUAUUGGAACGCGCCCUCCAAGAAGGCCAAGGGCAAGCAGAAAGUCCCCAUCGCCGCCGCCCCUUCUGUUUCGACCGGUUCCUCCACCGCCACAUCCGCGCCGAGGAAGGGUCCCAGCACGCGCCGCCGCGGUUAA